AUGGUGGCUCUACGAUACUCUGUCCUUGCUGCUCUGGCACUCCGCGUCGCGUCUGUCUUCGCCGCCGAGGGUGAUCCCCUGGCCGAAGACGCUGGUAGCCCUCCCGAAGUCGAGCUCAAAGCCGACGUCGUCGCUACUUUCCCCGAAGCCGACGACAUCUUCGGUGUAAAGCUAGUCAAUGGCCGACCUACUAAAGCUGUCAUCGACAUCACCAACAAUGAGAAUGAGCCCAUCCUCGUCGCUUUCCUCGGCGGUCAGCUGCUAAACCCUAAGGGUGCUAUCGAUGAGGCCAACCCAGCCUCUGCCGUUGUCCGCAACUUGACCACCGUCCGUUACGAGGCUUCUAUUCCCGCCGGCGAGAAGCAGUCGCUGCCCUACUCCUUCGUUCUCGACAUGCAACCCCAGGAUGUGCGCCUUCAGAUCAUGGGCGUCGUCACCAAUGCCGCGAACCAGAUCUUCCAAGUUGGCGUUUACGACCAGACUGUUAGCAUUGUUGAGGCUCCUACCAGCAUCUUCGACCCUCAAAUCAUCUUCCUCUACAUCUUCCUCUCCGCCGCCUUCGCCGGUACCUGCUAUUUCGUCUACAAGACCUACAUCGAAGCCCUCUUCCCCCAAACCAAGCGCAGCGGCCCCAGCGGCGGUAAGCCCUCCAAGAAGGCCCGCACCGCUACCUCUCCAUCCGCCGAAAGGGAACCCCUAUCCGGCGGUGAGGGCUCCGCUACGGGUACCGAUAAGGGAUAUGAUGAGAGCUGGAUCCCCUCGGACCACUUGAACCGCCCCUCUGCGCGCCGCGUUAAGAGCGGUGCUAGUAGUAAGGCGAAGAAGGGCGCCGAGUAG